GUUUGAUAGAGCGCACGAUAAACAACACAGCAGCGCAAAAGCAGAGAGGGGACGAAAAAGAUUUCUCCCGACCCGAGAGAGAAAAAAGUUAACGUAGAUGAAGAGUCUUCGGUUUUUGGAAUUGUGAUAAACAAAACACACAAAAAAAAAAACAUAAUGGGAGGCUGCUGUUGUUGUUCUUCUUCAAGAAGAGCUGAUCUUGAUAAUGGACCUCCCUACUAUUACUAUCCGAGAGCAACAGAAGAGCGUGUUCCUUUAUCUUCCGCUAUUAACAGGACUUCCUCUACAAUCUCCUCUGGUGUUGUUGUAGUUGACACAAACUUAGAGACUUCAUCUCCUGAUGCUUAUAUACCCCCACCACUCCCUAUUCCUUUCGAUGUGCCUAUAGGUGUACCUCAGACUCCAGGAAACGGUGAAGAGACUGCUUGCGUUGAUAUAAGAGAGGUUUCGGCUGAAACCGCUAAUACUGAGUCUGCUCAAGAAAUAGUGGAUGGUAUCACUCUCGGGGUUCCAACUACAUGCCCGUGUAAAGAAACAGAUAGCAAAGUCCAAACAGAGAUCGAUCUUGAAUCUACUGAAGAUAUAGACCCGAAGAAGCUAUCAAAAGACGUCUUUGUACCAAUGGAGGAAGAGGAGGAUUGUCCCAUAUGUUUGGAAGAAUAUGAUAUGGAUAACCCGAAACUUCUGGCAAAAUGUGAGCACCAUUUUCACCUGGCAUGCAUUCUAGAAUGGAUGGAGAGAAGUGAAACUUGCCCUGUCUGCAACAAGGAAAUGGUGUUUGACUCUCCCCUCGACUAGCAACCUGCAAGUACAACAGCUUAUAAGACUCGUUUCGGCUCUGAAUCCCAAAAAAAAAACAAAACGAAGAAACAUAAAAGAAAAGAAAGAUGGUAAGAAAAUACAAAACAAUAACGUUCUUGAUUCACAAGUUGCAAAGUACACAUUAGUGUUUAUAUAUAUGUAUGCUUGUACAGACGUUUGAAGUCGUCUACAAAGACUAUUAAAGAUAAUAUUAGGGGGUUUAAUGCUUUAAGAUUCGCUUAUGUGAAUAAACCAAAAAAAACGAAGCUCUUGUCUCUUGUAUAUGUUCUAUUUUUAAUAGGUUUCUUAGGAGUGUUUUAAGCUGUGGUUACAACUUGGGUUUGAUUCUGUUUCUUUUCUUGGGUUUUAGAAAAAUAGUAAUCAAACUGGAAUUGGGAUACUGCGGUUAGGGUUUAGUUUAGUUUUUAUUUACUUAGGUUUUUACCGUUUUGUAAUGUGAUAAAAUAUUUUGUGUGUAUGUUUUUAAAAAUCUUAUCUUAUCUACAUUCCCAAAAACAUGUACGUGUAUA